AUGGAGAAAAAAUACCCAGCGAUCGCAGGGAAAGAAAAAGGACCAGGCCCUGGCCGCUAUGGACUUCCCCCCACUGUUGGCUAUAUUGGCCAUGACUUUACAAAGUCAUCCAGUCCUGCUUAUUCUCUCCAUGGCAAGAAUAAUAACAUAUAUUGUGUUGACAGCAGUCCAGGACCUCGAUAUCAUGUUGAUGCAAAAAUCACUCGCUUUGGAAAAGAUGGCACACCCUCAUACUCAAUGUUGGGUAGAGCCAAGGUGCAGAAAGAGCUCUUCCACACACCUGGACCUGGUGCAUACAGCCCUGAGAAAGCCCCGCUGUGCAGCCUGCAAAGAAAAGCCCCAUCCUACACAAUGGGCUUCCGCACACACUACCGCACCGUAGACCACAACCCUGCUCCAAACAAGUACCACUUGCCUCCUCUCCUGGGCCCUCACGUCCCAAACAAGACAGCAAGUGCAAGUUACACCAUGUCCAGUAAUUUCAGCAGAGGGGGAGCAUCCGUGGAUUUUGCCAAGACACCCGGGCCCUGCGGAUACAAUUGUACAGACCCCAGCGUUUAUCUACCCCGAAAGCCUGCCUUCUCCAUGUUGGGGCGUGGCAGCCGGCCCCGGCCCAGAGAUGGCACCAAGAUACCAGGUCCAGGGACUUAUAAUCCAGAGAAAGUCACCGUUCACAAGGCCCGGGCACCAGCCUACUCCCUGGGUAUCAGACACUCAGAAUUUGUUACACCUCUAGUAGUCAGUGUUUCUGACUGA